AUGCUGGCUCUACCGUCAUAUCCACCACCCACCUCCAUUGCUACCACCUGGUCUGAGAAGCAUCUUUCACCUGGAUUACUGCAAUCACCUCCUAAAAAUCUCCCUAAAUCAACCAUUGCUCCCAAUCUGUUCUUCACCAGAGUGAACCAUGCAAAACCUAAGUCAGAUUUUCAGUCCUCUGCUCAAAAUCCUGUAGCAGUUUCCCAUUUCAUUAAGAAUAAAAGCCAACUUUCUUACACGACCGAAGUGGGGCAGGAAGUGGCUCCGCCACCCACGGAGGGCCUGGGAGCAGCCUCUACGUCCGUCGCAACGGACGGCAGCCUCAAAAAUGGCUUUCAAGGUGGAGAGACACACUGCCCAGGUGGGGAGAAGGCCCUAGAAACCUGUGGCACCCGGAAGUCUGGGUCUGAGGUGAUGGCUGGGGCGAAGGCCAAGGAUGCGGAGACUGGAAAGUGCGCCGCCAUCUUCUCAGUAGCGGUGGCUGAGGAGGAGAGGGCUGAGGUGGUGGUGGAGAAGCCAGCAGGUGAAGCAAUGGAAGUGGUGGUGGAAAACAGAGUGAUAGAUGAGGCGGAGGAGGAGGCCAGGCCCGGGCCCCGCCCCCGUCCCCUGAACGUGCCUCUCCUCAUGAACCCGCUAGAGGCCAUCCAGCGGGAACUGGACAUUGUGAAUGCUCAGGCUGACAGGGCCUUAUUCCAGUUGGAGCGUAGGUUUGGGCGGAUGCGGCAGCACUACUUGGACCGGAGGAACUACAUCAUUCAGAAUAUUCCCGGCUUCUGGUUCUUCUCGAUUCGGAACCACCCACAGUUGUCCGCCAUGAUCAGUGGUCAAGAUGCAGAGAUGUUAAGGUACAUAACCAAUUUGGAGGUGAAGGAGUUCAGAUACCCCAGGACUGGCUGCAAGUUCAAGUUUUUCUUUCGAAGAAACCCCUACUUCAGAAACAGACUGAUUGUCAAGGAGUAUGAGGUCACGUCCUCUGGCCAGGUGGUGUCUCUUUCCACUCCAAUCGUAUGGUGCCAGGGCCAUGAACCCCAGUCCUUCAUUCGUAGGAACCAAGAUGUGAUCUGCAGCUUCUUCACCUGGUUUUCAGACCACAGCCUUCCAGAGUCCGACAGGAUUGCUGAGAUUAUCAAAGAGGACCUCUGGCCAAAUCCACUGCAAUACUACCUGUUAAGUGAAGGGGCACAUAGAGCUAGACGUCGCCAGAUAAGGGAGCCUGUGGAGAUCCCCAGGCCGUUUGGGUGCCAGUCUGGUUAGAUUUUGCCCUUGGGAUUACUCCCGCACAAGGUUCCCUACCACCACCUUCCGAACCUGUGUUUGGGCAACAGCAGUGGAUACGCCUUUUCCUUUUUUUCUGCUAACCUUUCUGUAUGUACCCUCCUUCCUCUAAACUUUGUGUUCUCACAACCUCAAGAUUGAGGCCUGCGUGGCCAAGUUGCUCCACUUCCAUAUGGUCUUUAUGCUAUCCUGCAUUAACGUCACAUUAUGCUUGGCCAUGGUUCACACCCUUCUAAGUCAAGCAAAUGAUACUGUAGACUGCACUGUCUUUAUCUGCACUGUUUGGACCCUAUUUGUUUCUAGGGCCUCUGGUCUGGCUACCACCAUCUGGAUUUCUAGCCGUGUCUGGGAACCUGGUCUACUCACUCUGCUCUGCAUGGGGCAGUACAGGCACAUGGCCUAUGGACAGUUGCUGAGCAUUCAUGAAGUCAAGGGACAGCAGCAGUGAGCCACUUGGUAUAUGUGAUUUAUGUGACUCUCUUGUUCUUCUUGCUCCUCUGGUCACCUGGUGCUUUGUCUAUUCCCUUGGGCUGCUGCCUGUUGUAUGAACAUAAGCCAGACCUUUGUCAGCUCCACUUUCUGGUUUCUGGUAAACAAGGAUCUCCAGAACUGGUUUCCUGCUGGCACACAAAAGACUCUUCUAUUCCUCCCCUAAAUGACUUCUCAAUUCUUUACCACCUCCACCCUCACCUCCAAAACCCUAUUAACUGUCAGGCAGGUGGUUGAGGUGACCAGUUAAAACUGUCCUUAUGCAAGGGUAUGAGGUAUGAUGGUGUCCUUGCCAAGUCCCGGGCUUUCUCACAUGCAACCAGUGAAUGCAUACAAAAUCUAGGUACCUUUAUUUGCCUUCCUCAUCCUGAACAUGAUUAAG